GCGACCUGCCCUCCGGGCUCCUGCCGCGCCCCGCCGCAAGUGCGCACGUCGCCUCCUUGUCGGCCACCGAUGCGCACAGGAAAGACGUGCGGGGCACCUCGCGUCAGCCUCGGCAUGCGCCUCCUCCCUGUCCCCUCUUCCCCUCCCCCGCACUUGCCGCCUCGCGCCUCGCUCCCUCGCCGCCCCCCUGCGCCCGCCGCCCCUCGCCGCCAUGUCACAGUGGCCGCCGCCGCCGCCGAUGCCCAACCAGGCGGGCCCGGGCCCAGGCCGGAUGCCGCCCCCACCGCCAGGCCGACCGGCCGCACCGGCCCCACCGCAGCCGCCGGGCAACGCUGUGGCAGCGCCGGCCGGCGGCGCACCGCCCACCGUCCCUCGCCGGCCGGCGCCGCCCCCGCCAUCGGCCUACAGCCAGCCCUCGCGCCCGGCCGCCCCGCCGCCGGUGAUCCUGGCCCCGCGUCCGUCCAGCAGCGGAUCCUCCAGCGGCGGCAGCAGCAGCAGCAGCAGCAGCGGCAGCCUCGGCGCCCCACGCCCGACCGCCCCGCCGCGGCCGAACUCCGCCCUCCUCGCGGCCGGCGGGACCACCCUCGCGGCCGCGCCGCCGCCGCCGGUGGCCCCGCGCCCGGGCUCCGGCAUCCUGCCGGCCGGCUCGGCCCCGGGCCCGGGAGCCAUGCGGCGGCCCCUGCCGCCACCGGCCCCAAGCGGCAGCACGCCCAUGCGCGCACCGCCUGGCCCCGGCACCGCCGGGCCCCUGCUCGCGCGCCCGGUCACCAAGGAGCCGGUCCUGCCCUUCCGCCUGCACAUCUCCCGGUCCACCAACGGCGCCCGCCGGGUGCGCAUCGUGCCCAACAUCCAGGCCGCCGAUCCCUCGGCCCAGCAGCAGCAGCAGCAGCAGCAGCAGCCCAUCUCGGUCGAGAGCUUGGUCUUCGCCGGGGGCGUCGCCGCACGCGAGAGCUUCUCCCUGACGCCGACGCACACGCCUGGCCUCACGCCCGACAGCACCCCCAUCUGGGGCGUCAUCGGCGUGCUGCCCUCGCCCACUGAUGGCGAGCCCCUGCUCGGCGUGGUGACCGGCGCCGCGCCGGCCGCCAACUUCCCCCUGGGGUUCGGCCCGCCCGGCCGGGCCGACCUCCGAGCCUUCCGCAUCACGGCCGUGGCCUUCAUCUCCCUGCGCAGCAGCACAUACGACUCGCACUUGGAGAUGUCGCAUCAGCGGGCGCGAGCGCUGGCGGCGGCCGCCGCCGCCGCCGCCGGCGGGACCCCCGGCUCGUCGGCAGGCCCACCGGCCCCCGGCGCUCCCGGCACCGCCCCCGGCUCCGAGGAUCUCCACGCCCAGGCACACCCGCUGGCCGAUGUGCUGCGUCUGUUCACCGCCUCCGGCGGGAGCUUCUACUUCGCCGGCCAGGGCGGCGAUCUGACGGCUUCGUAUGCCCGGCGCGAGCGCAUCCGUCGCGCCGCCCCGGCCGGCGCCAACCCCGUGGUCCUGGACUCGCGCUUCCUCUGGAACGAGUACAUGCUCCGCGACAUCAUCCACCUGUUCCCGCUGCACGACUUGCCGGCCCCCUCGGCCCACCAGGCGCCGCCCCUGCUGUACCUGAUCCGCGGCUUUGUCGGGACACAUGGGGUCCGGCCGCCGCCGCCGCUGGCGCACUCGCCGCAGCCCGCCCUGCCGGAGCACCUCCCCCGGCCGGCGCUGGUUGGACUGAUCGCGCGCAUUGCUCACGGCCGCGCCGGCACGCGCUUCCUCUCGCGCGGCGUCGACGACGAGGGCAACACCUCGAACUUCGUCGAGUCCGAGCAGGUCCUGGUCCUGUGGCAGCCGCAGCCGCAGCCGCAGCCGGCCGCGGCCGCGGCCCCGGCCGGCAACCGCCUGCAUGUGCUGGCCUUCCUGCAGGUGCGUGGCAGUGUCCCCCUGCAUUGGGAACAGGCCGCCACCGGGAGCGUCCUGUCCGGCAUCGGGUCCCAUCGGAUUCUCUUCAGCCGGGGCGCUGAGCAGCCGCCGGAGCCGGCCGUCGGCCAGGCCGCCGGGGGGCACCUGGCCCCCGGCGUGGCCGCCGCCGACCCCGUGCCCCUGAUGGUGCCCUCGCUGCUACGGCACUUCUGGCUGCUGGACUCGAACUAUGCCUCGACCGGGCCGCGGCAGCUGUCCACCACCCGGGCCAGCUGCGUGCAGGUGGUCACCCUGAUGAACAUCCAGAAGGCCGGCGAGCGCACCCUCACCGAGGCCUACCAGCGCGCCCUCAAACACAUGCCCUACCAGGUGCCCUUCUUCCACUACGACCUGCAUAAUGAAACGCGCGCCUUCUCCGGGGCCGGUGGCGACGCGGCCGGCAAUCAUGCCAGCCCGUCGGACGCCCAGUCCUCGGCCGGGCUGGCCCUGCGCAAGCUGGUGGCCCGACUUGGCGACACCAUCCCGGACAUGGGGAUGCUGCACACGGUGAAUGCCAUGCCGGUGCCCCGGCGCGCGGCCAGCCCCGGGACCCCCCCGGCCGAUACACCGCCCGGGCCCGGGGCCGGGGCCGAGGUGCGCGCCCGCCAGCAGGGCAUCUUCCGGGUCAACUGCGUCGACUGCCUCGAUCGCACGAAUGCCGCCCAGCGGGCCAUCGGCACGCACGCCCUGCGCGCAUACCUGGGCACCGCCUUCGCCGAGGUGUUCGGGUCUCUGGUGGCCGGCGACGCCGGCGGGCUCGGCUACUCGCCCUCCACGCCGAAUCUUGUGCUGCCCGCGUCGGGCGGCCUGGCCCGCACCAGCUCGGCCGAUGGCCUUGCCGGGCCCGACCCCUCGCCCUCCAUGCCCAACCUGCGCCUGGGCCCGGGCCGCGAUGACACGCAUGCCGACGCCCCGGCCACCGACCCGCGCCUGGCCACCGCCUACUGGUCCACCAUCGACACCCUGCUGUCGAACUUGUGGUAUGUGGCCGGCGACCAGAUCUCCAAGUCCUACGCCGGCACCGGGGCCCUGCGGUCCAGUGUCACCAAGACCGGCAAGCAAACUUUCUCCGGUCUCCUGGACGAUGUCAUCAAGAACGUCGGCCGAUAUGUAAACAACCAGUUCCUCGAUGACUCGCGCCAGACGGCCACCGACUUCCUGCUCGGGCGCUGGAUCUCCGCGGUUCGGUCGUACGCAUGCUCACUCGGCCUCAGACUCCUGCGCUUCCGCGAGCGACACUCCUUUCACAUUGUGUGCGGAUCAUGGAACGUCAAUGGGCGGCCCUUCAACCCCUCUAUCGCGCUGGAUCACUGGGUACAGAUGCCGCAGUUCUUCGACGUCAUUCCCGACAUUGCGGCUUUCUCCUUCCAGGAGAUCGUCCCCCUGUCGGCCCGGCAGAUCGCCAGCACCGAUCCCCAAACACGCAAGGUAUGGGAGCUGGCUCUGGGGUCGGCGCUGACGCGCCUGGUGCGCCAGCAUCCCGGCGCGGCCAACUCCCCCGCCAACGCGGUCGAGUACCACCUCCUCUGCUCGGAGCAGCUGGUCGGCGCGUGCCUGGUGAUCUUCGUCCGGCCGCACAUCCUGCCCCUUAUCCGCAAUGUUGAGCGCGCGUCGACCGGCCUCUCCGGCAUGGCCGGCAACAAGGGCGGCGUUGGGGUGCGCUUUGACCUGGCCGGGGCGGUGGCCAGCCCCGGGCGCGGGGCGGCCUCCCUCGCCUCCCCGCACCCGACGGCCCCGGCGGCCGGGGUGUCGCUUCUCUUCAUCGGCGCCCAUCUGGCCGCCGGGCAGUCCAAGACCGCCGACCGGGAUGCCGACUACCAGGUGAUCGCGGGGAAUCUGCGCUUCGCCGCGCUGCCCGGGCUGGAUGCCGUCCACCGGCCCGGCAAUGAAGCCCCCCCGCCGGCGUGCGGCUACCGCGACCACCGGCACAUCUUCUGGCUCGGGGAUCUGAACUACCGGAUCGCCCACUUUUCCAAUGGCUUCAUCCGCCAGGCCGUGGCCGAGGGGCGCUUCGAUGCCCUGGCCCGGUAUGACCAGCUGCGCCAGUCUCAGGGCCAGGGCCGUGCCUUUGUCGGGGUGCUGGAGGGCCCGCUGCGCUUCCCGCCCACAUACCGCUAUGACAUCGGCACCCGGCAGUAUGACACCAGCGAGAAAAACCGCUCCCCAGCAUGGACCGACCGGAUCCUGUGGGAGCCCUCGACCGGGCUGGCUGGGGCCCCGGUGGCCGGGGCCCCGGACGCCCCGGCCGCCCCGGAAGAGGCCGUCCUCCUGGGCUAUGACCAUGUGGAUCGGCUGCUGCAAAGCGACCAUCGGCCCAUUCACGCGCUCUUCCGGCUGAAUGUCGGCCUCCUGGCGGACACCUAUGCGGCUGCCAUCCAGGAGAUGAAUGCCGUGCUGGCGGCCGGGUCGGACACCGGGGCCGGGCCCGACGCCGCGGCCCUGCACCAGUGCCUGCUGGAGAGCCGGUUCCAGCUGUCCGAAGCGGAUGCCCUGCUUGCUGAACGCUAUCGCGGCCCGGCGUCUGCCUCCGCCUCGCCGAUGCCCCGCCCGGCGGCGGUCUCCUCCUCCGGGCGCCGGAGUGUCGCGCCGGAACCGCCUGGCCCGCGCUCGGCCUCCUCCUCGGCCGCUUCCUCGGCAUACGGGUCGCCGGCUGCCGGCAUGCUGACGCGUCCCGGCCCGGUCCCAACCGCGAGCCCGGCUCCGGCUCCGGCUCCGGCCCCGGGCCCGGCGGUCGGCCAGCUCCUGGAUUUGGAUCAGACCUCCACCCCGGGCCCGGGCCCGGGUCCCGCUGCCAGCGGCCUGCUGGAUCUGUUUGGCUUUGCGGCCAGCCCCGGGCCAGCUGCCUCGCCUCCGGUCGGGGCCGUGCGCCGCGACGAGGACGAAGACGACGAGGAUGUCGAUGAGGCGGCCUACGCCGACGCCUCCCAUGCCGGCCACCAGGCGCCCGAGGAGGAGGACGAGGAGGACGAGGACUACACCGACGCCUCCUCCAUGUCGACCACCGGCAGCGGCACGCACCCCUUCCUGGCGAGCUCCGGCUCGUCGGUGUACUCGGCCGACUCGGUGGACAUGGCCCUGGCAAUGGCUCCGGUGCCCGGGGCGGCCGCCGGCAUGGAUGGCUCCCCUGCCGGGCCGGCGGGGCACCUGCUGCUGGACCUGGACCAGGGCUGGCACACCGGGUCGAUGCCGGCCGCCACGCCCCCGGGGGUCUUCGACAUCGCGGAUCUCAUUCUCGGUGGUGGCCCGGCUUCUCCACACGGGCCGGGGGACCUCUCGCCGGCCGACGGGCCCGAGGAUGAUCCCUUCCUCUUCCCGAACGGGGCGCCUCCCCCGCUGCGUAGCCCCUCGCCAGGGCGCUUCCUGCCGCCCGGGGCCCCCCCGGCCGGGCCGCACACCCUUUCCCAGAGAGAGCUGGAUACCAUCUUCGGGACUUCCCCGGCCCCGGCCGCCGGCAGUGGCAUGGUCUUGCCGACACCGCCGACGCGCCCGGCCCCGCCCAUCCCCCCGGGCGGCGGCUCGCGCGGGCCGCCGCCCCCUCUGCCCCGGGGCCCGGCCCCGGCGGCCCCCCCGGCCGGACUGGUGGCCUCGGCGGGUCCGCGCCGGCCGCCACCCCCGGCCCCGCCCACCAAGCCCCCGGGGACUUAGUGCUCAUAUGGGGCGCGUGCACGGCGGCUCCCCCCUCGAAAAGUCCUUCCUCUCCUCCUUGUGAUCCACCCUGCCCACGGCUCGGUGUCUGCCAUCCGGCCGGCAUGCCCGUCUACCAUCUCCCAAUGCCGGCCGACAAUAUACAUGCACCAAAGCACCCUGCCA